ACUACGUCACAAUGCAUCGGCUGCUCAGCAGGCUAGGUUGAGCUAACAGAAGGGCUGCAAAAACUUGUCUCUCUCUCUCUGUCUAUCUUUGCCUCUCCCUUUAAGUCACAUAGUUUAAUUUUAUUUUUUUUUUCUCUUUGCAAAGCCUUAUUUUUUCCAAUGUUAAUUCUCGGAUAGGCCGGAAGCUCAUUUUUUUUUUUGUUUUCGUUGGAGAGACGCACAAAAACUGUGUGUGUGUGUGUGUGUGUAUAUAUACAUAUAUAUAUAUUUAUAUUUUUUAGAUUUCUAUAGAGAAAUGGCAUUUUUUAAUAUCCAAACCUUGCUGGAAGCAGCCGAGUACAUCGAGAGGAGAGAGAGAGAGGCAGAACACGGCUACGCGUCGAUUUUGCCCUGUAACGCCGAAUUCAACAGGAAGAAAGGCAAGACGAGGAAAACCCCAAAUAACAGGUCCUCGCACAAUGAGCUGGAAAAGCACAGGAGAGCUAAGCUGAGGUUGUACCUGGAGCAGCUGAAGGAACUGGUGCCACUUGGACCUGACUGUUCGCGACACACCACUCUCAGUCUACUGAAGCGAGCGAGGACUCACAUCAAGAAGUUAGAAGAACAGGACAAGAAGGCCCUUCACCAGAAGGAGCAGCUUCAGCGUGAGCGACGGUACCUAAGGCGCCGUCUGGAGCAGCUGGCAGUGCAGGGGAUGGAGCGUCUUCGCACUGAUAGCCUGGGGUCAGCAAUCUCCACUGACCGCUCGGAUUCUGAGCAAGAAGCCGAUGUUGACAUUGAAGGUAUGGAGUUUGUCCCCGGUGAGUUGGACAGUGUUGGCAGUGCCAGUGACGUCGAUGACCACUACAGUUUCCGGAGCAGCUCGAGUGACAGUGGCUACGCAGAUUCUCGCACAAUCACACCGAGGCUCUCGUAGUGGCUGCUUCGGUACCAGCAGAGGACCACACAAGUCAACGCAGGGCACUUAUAAAAUUGAAUUUUUUGUUGUUCUUUUCCUGAGAUGUUAACUGCCACUCUUUCACAGACACCCCAACCACAAGAGCACUCGCAUUGCUGUUACCCUGCUGUAGUUCUUUGCAAGCCCAGCUCAUCCAUUCCAACCUGACGACGUUUGAUUCUUUUGGCUGACAGAUGCAAAGAAUUGCGGGAUGGUAUUUGCAAUAAUAAUGGGUGGGCAAGUGAAGGGGAAAAGGGGGGGGGGGAAAAAGCCAGCUCUAAUGAUUAGCCUUGAAAGUAGAGUAUUGCUUUUCUCCUUUUAAUUUGAAUUUUUUUUUUUUUGCCUCGUUUCCAAUCUCUCCAUGGUAAGAGUUGUGGUGAGCACACGACAGAAAGCGGCAUUGCUAGCGUUGACUGAGUUGUUUUGCCGGGUUAUUAACCGGAGAGACCAUUUUCAGCUCCGCAAGCACUUGCUCACGUGUGUCCUAUCACAUAUCGAACGUCUAUCUUUCCCGAUGCAGGGCGUUUGUGUUUUUUUUUAAAAAGUAACUUAGACAGUAUUCCGAUUAAGGCUCAGUGCAGUGCUUUUAUUGUCUCCUUGUUAAUCCUCAAAGAGUUGAUCGUGUUACACAGGGCGUUUUAAAAACGAGAAACUCCGCAAAUCGGCGUAUCGAGCAAGGAAAGAAAACUAGCGAAAUAUGCUUCUGCUUCAUUCAGCGAUUAUACACCGAGCAUGCGGCAGUUUCAUUAUCUGUGUCGUUUAGACUGCUUCUAUUGAAAUGUUAGCGAUACUAAAAGUGUGUUUGUUUUCACUGUCUGCUUGGUUUUAGUCAUUAGAGCAUGGCUUCUAGACAAACUGAUCAAUCAUUUAAGUACACACCUCUUGAGAGGUCUUUCUCUUUGAGAAAAAAAAGGACUGAAAAAAUUACAAAAAUAAUAGUCAAGUAAUUUUAGCCAGUGUAGUCUCAAAUUUCCUGUAUCAAAAUUUUGUAUUAUAUUUUCCUAAAUGUUAUCUAAACCAUGCUUGUUGGGUAGAGAGAGAGGGGGUGGCAGGAUGUGGUGGGAAGGGGCUAAAAUGGUACAGGACCCAGACCAGAGUCUUAGACUCUCUGCCAUUGUCAUAUUGUGCCUUGGUGACUAUUUCUCGGAGACCCUGUUGCCCUCCGAUUGUUGGCACUUGCAUCCUACCCUUGUCUCCCAAAGUGGAUAUGAUGAGAAGAAAUUCACGGCAGCUCUCGUCCUUGUUUGCACUCUUAAAGCGACUGCUUCUGAGCUCACCCACCAGGCAGCUCGCAGUGGUUACAGAUCACAACAUGACCUUGCUCCGGGUCCCUCCUCCCUGCUCCCCCACCCCACCCCCAACCUCCUGAUGGGGACAGGUCAAAGGUUAGAACAUGGCAGCUGAAUUUUUAAAACAAAACUUUAUUAAAAAAAUAGUAUAUUGUAUCCUAUUGUUAUUGCUGGUUCCUGUAAUGAAAGAAAAUCACACUAUAAAUGCCUCAUUACAAGGGAUAUAGCUGUAACGAUUGAACGUGGUAUUUGAUUGACACACUGCAGAAUUUCCAGCAGUUUUGUUGUGAAGGUUAUCUUAUUUUUCUCUGUCUUAUUGACGCCAAUUUCUGAAUCAUGAAAGCAAUAGAGAUUUUACUUUUUCAUCGGUAAACACACGUGACUGUUAAUAGGAUCAAAUUCCGAAGUGAUGUAUGCAGUCCGUCCAUUCCUCUCCCGGACGACGGAACGCUGUGGUCAAAAAAAAAAUGAAAGCUGUUUACUAAAAAGCGGAACUCUCGCACAGAACCUCCACGUCAUGAAGGAGAUGACUGUGAUGUGUAGAAAGCAUUACAGCUCUGUGUGUGUGUGUGUGUGUGUAUCUGUGUGAGUGUGUUUGUGUGCACGCACGCGUGUUAGUCCCUUUUACAUGGUGAUUUCCUCAGGCAUUUUAAAGAAGGAAUUCUAACCAAAUGUCUUUUGACUGCGUAAUCAGUGGGGUUGGAUUUCCUGAAUUAAAUAUUCAGCAUUGUUUUGCCAUUCAUGCGUUUAACGUCUGGCUCAACUUAAAGCUCUACAGCCAGUGAGGGGGACUAGCUAGUGAUUGUUUGGUGCCGGAGGGAUUGGCCGUUGGGUUAGGGGGUUGGGGUGGUUUGUCUUUGCGCAACAAGAUUUCUGGAGCUGUGGCCUUCCUGCCUGGAGUUGGUGCUGUUUUGCUCAUCUCAUCCCUCGCUAUGCUAAUUGAUAGGUCAGAGGAGAGACUUGCUCCUAGCUGUACAUUCCUGGAUUGUCUGUUAGGAGUUGUGCAAUAUUGAGCUGUGUUGAUGUUCUGAUGUUUUUUUAAAAAAUCAGAUUUCCUUUUGAAUUCCCUCCCUCUUGUUGGUGGACCUCUUUGGGUACUCAUUGUUGAGAGUUUUGACCAUACAAGUUGUUGAUGUUGGUAUCCUGGUGGCACUUGUGGUGGUGUUUUAUUACCCCAUAGACUGCGUUUUGUGAUUUGGGGACAUGGUAGCACUUAAGAGGCUUUUUGGCCAUUAAAAGCCUGUAACUGGCCCUUUCCUAGAGUAUUCCAAAACUCGUCCCUGUGGAGGCUGGUUCAGCUGAAACUUCCAAGACUUGAGAUUGAUAGAUUUUUGUUGGGUUUGGAUAUGGAGCUAAGGCAAGUAGAUGGAGUUGAAGUGCAAAUUAGCCAUCAUAUAAUUGAAUGGCGGAACAGGCUUGGGGGCCUGAAAGGCCUCCUUUUGUUUUGAUACAGAGCUCCAGGCACUGGUGCUGCACUUGAACAUGGCUGGGGAGGGUUUGGAUCGAAGGCUGCCUCAUUUGUGCUAACCAGGGUAUCUUGUGUGCUGUGAUUCAUUCUCACAUUGGACCACUUCAGUACAUAUACAUCAGUGCCCUGCACUUUCAUAGUAGGGUGUUAUGACUUGGGACUUGGAGUGUCUGCCAUGUACGAGACUCCACUGAGUCUAAUAGCCCUGACUUUGAGUGAGGAGAUGGGGCUUGCACCAGUAAAUGGGAUUUGUGUGUUUGCAUUUGGUCCUGAGUUUAUUCCCUCAGCUACCGUUGCCCCACAGAUGAGAAUGCUGAACUUCAGACUCAAGGCACUUGUAUUUAUUUGAGUAGGAGAUGAAGGUGGUGGGAUGGCUCGAUCAGAGUAAGACAUGCCCAAUCUUGUACAGCCGCUUAACACUACAUUUACACUGCUGUAAGGCACGAGUGUGGCAGGAAAACAGGGUGAAUAAUUUAAUCUUCCAGAAGGAAUCUGGACACAACUAUUACUUUUGGGUGUUGACACUCAGUGCUGUGGAUGUGAGCCUUUUAAUCACAUAGAACUGUUUUACUAUUCUCGGUCUCUUCCCUAUGCCCCUUACCCCAUUUUUGUCUCUGGACUUUGUCAGUGCCACUGUAAAAUACCCAACCAUAUGUAGUCAAGGCCCAUUGUGAUGUGUCUUGGUUUAGGUUGGGAGCAUAUCCAACAGGGGAAUUGCUGGUGCAGUUAUCCUGGUUUGGAAUAAAUUAGCCUGCUUGAGCUAUCCUCUUAUUCAAAUAUUUCUCCUUUAGCUAUUGAGGGAGGAGGGGAGAUGUGCAAAACUCACAUGCAGCUUAGUUCAGAGAUGACCGCCUCCUAACUUAUGUGGAAGAAAUUCCAUAUUGGGAUACAGCAGAGAGCCAAAGAGAUUUCCAGCGAGGUCCAACACUGCUGAUGUCUUCCGCUAACUCUUGGCUGCCUGAAUCAAGACCAUUCACUCAUCGGGUUUGCAGCAGGGAGCCAUGAGUUAAACUUGUAGAGUUUAAAAACUGAUCCUUCCCCUCCCUAACACGAGGCGUGUGCACGCACCCUCAUACGAUGCUAAAACAGAGCCUCAAGAUGUUGGCGUGUCUUGGGCCUGGGCUUUUUUUUUAAACUCAACUUGAGCCAAGCAACCCACCCAGACCAGCUGUCCUUCCACAGUGGUGUGUCAGACUGGAAGGUGGGGUGAUGGCUUGUGCUUUUUUUUUUAAUUUCAAAAGUAAAUAGGAAACUUUAGCAGUUAAGCAUUUCUUUCCUUCUUUGCUAGGGGAAGGGGUGAGGUGGGUAUGGGCAGGCAGUAUAGACUUUAUAUUUUAAAUAAGGUCUCCGACAGACCAAAACUGAAUUCCUUCGAUUUGUACAAUUGAUAAUUGCAAAGCAUUUAGAUAAUUGGUCUUGUAUCAUUUUUAAUAAAGUAUAACAUUGACCUACUCUGAUAAUUGAGCCCAUUGAUAGUUACCAGGCCUUUCAAGAAGGGGAUCAUUGCUGCAGUAUUAAAUCUCUUAUUGUGCCGCAAUCACUGGCUUUUUUUAAAAAAAAACAUUUUUAAAAGUCUUUAAAGAGCUUUAUUUUUGAAAGGUGGAAACGAUCAGUUCUCAUUCCGCCACAAGAAUUUAACUUGGAAGUGUCUCAUUUUGCUUGUGUGAAUUGUUGGAAUUGAGAGAAUUGUUUUCUCUCUUACCUCCUGAAAAAUGAGAUUCAAAAUUACCAAGGCACUAGCUAGUGGUCGGUUGGAAGUUUCAACAACUGCAGUUUCUGUUGAACAGAUCAACUUUUUCCUUGAUGUGUAAUUGGAGGAGGUGGUUGUUGGUGAGGAGGAGGGCUUUGUUGAAUGGCUUGAGGUACACCGGAUGGGUUCUGUGCCAGAGACUUGUGAAUAUGUAUUGUUGAGGAGCGACUUUCAGUAUAGAAUGCUUUAUAUAGCUCCUGAGAUGUAUAAUAUAAAUUCACACAUACACGGUGCUGGCUACCCUCCUGUAGCUCACUGAAGGUAAUGUGUUGUAUCAUUCUUUCAUUGUAAUAUAAUAAAACAUUUUUUUACAUCA